GGCCGACAAGGCUGCGGCUCUGGACCCUGACGCCAAUCAGUUACCCGCAUUCAUUAUGCCUGCAUUACCAAUCCAACUGCGCCGCCCAGGUUUUGCCAUCAUCCCAGUGACUUCUCAUCCUCAUCACCUUCAAAUGAUAUAGUACCGUUAGACUAUCUCCACUGCCAUAGCACCCUGUCAAGGACACUGAUGGCACCAUCUCUCGUGGAACCGCUGCCCGAAGCACUGGAAGGGCCGCUCAAGAACAAACCAGAUCUUGUUGCCCCGGAACCAGAGCACUGUCCUGGUCCCGAAUCGGAUCAAGCAGGCAAAGGUGAUGCCUGCAAUGGCUGCCCGAAUCAAGCCAUCUGCGCCUCCGCGCCAAAGGGCCCUGACCCAGACAUCCCCGUUAUAACAGAGCGACUUGCAGGAAUAAAACAUAAGAUACUGGUGCUAUCAGGAAAAGGAGGAGUGGGCAAAUCGACCUUUUCUUCACUUUUGUCGCACGCAUUUGCUGCGAAUCCCGAUUCCACAGUGGGUAUAAUGGACACCGACAUCUGCGGACCGUCAAUACCUAAAAUGAUGGGCGUGGAAAGCGAAACCAUCCAUGUCAGUAACGCCGGCUGGAGUCCCGUUUGGGUGACCGAUAAUCUGGGAGUCAUGAGUGUCCAAUUUAUGCUACCCAAUCGAGACGAUGCAGUGAUAUGGCGCGGUCCAAAGAAGAACGGGCUUAUCAAACAGUUCUUAAAAGAUGUUGAAUGGGGCGACUUGGACUAUUUGAUCGUCGACACACCUCCCGGCACAUCGGACGAACACCUGUCGGUUAAUUCCUUCUUGAAAGAAUCCGGCGUCGAUGGAGCCGUGGUUGUUACUACGCCCCAAGAGGUUUCGUUAUUAGACGUGCGGAAAGAGAUUGAUUUCUGUCGGAAAGCCGGAAUCCGGGUGCUCGGUCUGGUUGAAAACAUGUCUGGCUUCGUGUGCCCGAAAUGCACACACGAGUCCCAGGUUUUCCGAGCCACCACAGGUGGCGGUAAAAAGUUGUGCGAGGACAUGGGCAUUCCUUUUCUGGGCUCAGUGCCGCUCGAUCCGCGGAUAGGAAUGGCAUGCGAUUUUGGAGAGAGCUUCAUGGACAGUUUCCCUGAUAGUCCCGCAUGCAAAGCAUUACGGCAAGUGGUGAGGACGGUCGGGAAACUGAUCGGUGAAGAUCCUGAUGAUGUGUUACCUGAUGGUCCCAUAUGAGAUACGAAGAUACCCAGUUUGUUUUACUAAAGCGCUCUGCAACUAUCAUGACACUGCGGUCGUUGGGUUGCUCGAAACAGACCUACGACCUCAUCCAACACGUGCAUGCAGCAUUGCACAUUUGACCUUCAGAGAGGCAGUCCACUAGCCUAACUGAGCUGUGACAAAGUUGUCCACAUCGAAACUAGCUACAGCAGCUGGUUGGACAGCGACAGCGAAGCAACUGCCCGGUAGGCGAUGCGAGACGGCCGACAAGCGAGGCUCGACUAUCGUGUCUGACUAGAGGGAGAAGGCCGCGUAUGGCAGACGGUGUGAGACAGGUCAGAUAUGGCCUAGGGCCCGGAGGUCAGAAACCUGGGUCUGGUGGAGCCUCUGGGCGCCGGCGAAGAGAAGUACGGACGGUGGUCGGGAGAAGGAUCGGACUACUGUCGAGACUGAAGCCAGAAGUACCUGUGGCUUGCGGGUCAACUGUAGAAUGCAGAGAUGCCCUGGAUGCGCAAGUGGGCCAUGGCAGUACUGCUGUCAGUGAAGGAAUAAGACUACGAGGAGUACUUCAAGUUGGAUGAAGGAGCUGCAGGACGAAGGACGAAGGGCGAGGAGAGGUACCUAUGAAGAGCCUAGAGGUAUGGGGGUGCCAAGUACUGUACCUGUAGAGAAUGAGAAUGGCGCAGGCGCCUGUAGAGAGCGA